AUGUUCCCCGCCCGCCGCCUCCUCUUCCUCCUCCUCCUGCUGGCCCUGCACGCCGGGCCUGCCCAGGCUGCUCCGUGGCGAGCACGGGGAGGAGAUGAGGCUGUUGGCAACGAUUAUCCAGCUUCUUGGCUGGAUGCAGUUUCGGAGCCCUUGAGGUAUCCUGGAGCCCAGCCUGUGGGUGAAGCUGAUCCAGGUUCCCGUCUGGGUUCCAGGACCGAGCUCCCAGGACAUGCCGUGGAUGAUCACGCAGGAAGGACUUUUCAGGCUCCUCGGCAGCGUGCUGGGCUCCAGCCCGGCUGGCGUCACGGGGGUCUUCCAAGACCAAGAAAUGAAGCUGAACGAGGUAAAAAGGCCCCAGAGCCAUCAAAACUCAUGAGGCAACUCUUGGACGAACUGCACAGAGCACACGAGACGAACCGCGAGGCUGUGUGGAAGGAGGCGUUUCCAGAAGGAAGCCGCAGCUCCCUGCCAGGCUCUGGUGAAGCAGCAGAGGCGAUGCCAGCCGCUGGUAUGCCAGGGCUGUCAAGGCCCAGAGCUUACCAGCACAGCCGCGUAAAUGAAUCCCAUACGAUGAACUCAGGUACUGAGCGGUCUUGGUGGGGUCCCUGAACAGGAGACACGUCCCAAAACCCGGGAGAGGCUGCAAGCGACACCCACGCAGGAAAGAGGCAGACGGGGAGAACAAGGCUCAUGUCCCUCUUGAGAGGGCCUGACUCCGUCCCCUGCGGCUGUGGGAGCUGGACCGGGGGGCAGAGCUGGGGCUGGCACUUUUGUCCGUGUCCCUCAAAGGAGCGACUGGUCAAGCAGCUGCGCUCCCCCCGUGCUGUCCUGCUGGCCUUCUGGGUUUUGUUUGGUGGGACAACCUGUCCCAAAGGGUGGGAGUCCUGUCCCAGAGGGUGGGAUGGUGCCUCCAGGCAGCAGCACCCUGGGAAACCAGGAACUCACUGGCCAUAUUGAAGGUGCUGCAAGCUUAGCAGUGGUGCACAGGAUGGACUAACAUCUUGAAUUUCUCCUCCAGAUGUGGUCGGCAAGAAUACCAAAGGUGCUCCCCAUCCGUGGGGGAGGGCAAGUGUUCUCUUCUCCCAGAUUACGAGAAAGCACUGUAUGUUAAAUGCAAUAGCAACCAUGAUUUCCAUGCCACUGGCAAUAGUGUUCUUCUGUGUCGCCAUCUGGCAGUGGAGGACGGCUAAAAAGCUCCGCAGUGCAGAGGCAGCAGCCAGGCGGUCUGGAAUAUGGCAGCCGCCCCUCACUUCAGAAAAGCAGACCCUGUGCUGUGGCACCCCUGAGAGCUGCGCCCAACACCAGCAGCCACUGUUGAAGCCUGGAAAAAUGGCACAUCCUCCACCCAAAAGGUUCCUGUGUCCCCCCAGCACAUCAACAGCUGCCUUGCAGCAGAGGGAGCAGAAGAAUGGCCUCAAUCAACUGAUGGACUUCAAGCCAGCACAUCCACAAUGUCCUGCACCCCUACCAUCUGACAGCCCAUCAGCAGCUGUUCUCCAGCAGCAGGACCAGGACAAGACCCUCAGGCAGCACUUUGACAUCAAGGCAGCACGUCCGGCCACAUCACCAACCCCACAUUCCCACAGCCCAUCCCCAGCUGCAGUGCAGCAUUGGAAGCCGUGGAAGGAACCCAGCGGUGUCCAGCUCCCAACGUGGUGGAGACAAAAACAUCCACCGUGCCAACAGCUCCCCAAAUAAAGAGGGACUGAUCUGUUGCACAAGUGUCCCAGUGGUACCAAAAUCAACCCGCAGGCACAGCCCUGGAUCCCCUCGGGGCCGGCAGGAGCCGGGCACUGGGCUUCCCCCACCAGCAGUGGGGCCACCAGGGGCUGGGGGAGCCCAUGGCCAUGGCCUGAAACAGUCGGUGACACCAAUGCGACCGACACGCGGUGCGGGAGGUGGUGACAGGAGCCCGGCCUGGGCAGUCGCACGGAACGGUGAGGGGCUGUGGGGUGAGGCAGCGUUUGUUGCAGCGGGGUCAUCUGGCCAUGGACCUUGUCAAACGGCAUACCCAGAUAAAAGGGAGAAGCCAUCCAGAGCACCUCUAAGGAUAUGAGCCAGACAAGCAAAUAUAUUGAGGCACAACAAAGGCCCUCCCUAAUUAACAGGGCCUUGAUGGGCCCUAAUUGACAGGUCAAGGCCAUCGCCCCUUGGGGUGCUGCAAAGUAUCUGCACAUCUGGGUGCUGAGCCCCCUCUCACUGUACAGCAGCAAGCCCGGGGCCUCUUAGGCUAAAGGGAGCCUGGGCCUGGUGCUCGUUCUGAGGCCUUGGCUAAGAUGGCAGUCGCUUUGGCCCGUUACAGUGUUGCGAGGGAAAGGGAAUUAACACUUCUCCCAGGCAGUGUGGGUGGUGGUUGUUCCCUCCAGUGCUUUGCGAGGCUUCCUCUGUGUGCCAGAGCUCCCCCGGGAGGGAAGCCCCCAGGGACCCUGUGUUGGUCCAU